GUUCGUACCAGUUUGCGUCAUGGACGCCCCUAUCACUUCAUCUACCCAGAGUCCAUCAACGGAUCGAAGCACCACAAGAUCUGCCACACAUGCCGCUAAAGCAAUCGCAGAAGACAGACAAGUAGAAGCUUCUAAAAAGCGGUCCUCUCUAAACGGCCCCCCUCAGCCCGUCAAGAAGACGAAACACAUCGCCCUUUCGACUGACAACUAUUCUAUCCUUGUGGCGAGCUACAAUAUUCGCUUCAGCGAGUAUUCGCCCAGGUGCACGUGAUCCGUUGGACGGCACAACGAUGUACAACUUGCGUUUGUUGCGGGCAGGUACAGUACCUUGCUGGAGGUCAGUGCGCAAAACUCGUGGGAUUUUUCAAACUCGGGUUUACUUUACGUCCAGCGAGUUUGUGGGCAAAUGGAAAAAAACAACGCGUUAUUCUACGGACAACGUUACUGUAUCUGUACAGACCUCCCUCUCUCUAAUCUCUGUAGGCCCAACUGCAUGCUCAUCUGGCACUGUCAUGCCAACUGCAUCCCCGAUUGAGACAAACACCCUCCUUGUCAGAGCCUUCCCGUUCCUCCUUCUUCCAGCGCAUGCUUCUACACUAUCUGCCCCCCCCCCUCCCACACCCGCAACGCAAUCCCCGGUCAUCGCCACUCCCGUGUCCCACCGCCCCUGA